AUGGGGGGCCCCUCCAAGCGCAGGGAGUCCCUCGUCCCGCCCCGCUUCGAGGCCUCGUCGCGGAGAGGCACGCUCGACAAGGGGCCGGCGCCGGCGCCUGGGCCCUCGGCCUCGUCGGGCUACUACCAGUGGGCGCGCAACGAGCCCGACCCGGACGAGGAGGCCGAGCCGGACCUCGCGGGCUUCUCGGUGGCCACGGCCGUGAACCUCGGGGCCUGCCCCAGCGGCAUCGACCUCGCCGCCACCACGCCCGCCGAGCGCCUCCGCGGGGACAAGGCCCGCUCCCUCCUCCGGAUGUUGUUGAGAACUCAGAAGACCUCUGAGGAUGCAGUAUCUUUCCUGUCCUCUGGCAUUCAGAAUUUAGUUCCUUGUGGUGAUGUGGUUGGCUUGUUGGCAGUUAUUGUGAAGCAGUGCAAAGAUUUCACUCCCAAGUUCAGUGUUAAACGUGACAUCUAUUUAUUGGUCCGUAUUAGUAUUGAUAAAAUCAUGAAGUGCACAAACCCUCAAAUUUACAAAGCAAGUUUGAGGAGCAGCAAAAAGCCUGAAAUCGUUAAUUUUGGAGAUGUGAGGUAUUUUUCAGUAAAGGUUCCAAAGCAAAAAAGUGAUCCUAGAAAUAGGAUUUCGUUAGAGUUGGUGGGCUUUGAGGGACCAAAGGAAUUUCCAAGGCUGUUUGGGAGUGUGACCAUGCACCUCUAUGAUAUUAUUCAAAAGCAGUCCUUCACUGAAAUAUGUGCUAUGAGAAUUCGAAAUAUGGUUUUCUGCACAGCAGAGGUGGAAUUUAUGUUCUGCUAUGGAAGUCUCGGAUAUGGGUAUUCACAUCAGCUGAAACUGCCAGGGGCGGAUCCAGCUCAGUCUGUGGCAUAUUCCAUGUUUCUGCGAGUUCCACCACCAGAAAACAGAAAAGAUACUGUCACCAAUGCGAUCAAGCCACAACGCAUGGAUUACCCUGCAUGCUUAUCUCCAGAUCUGAAUGUUACGGUUGGAAAUAUUGAGUUGGCUCCUCCUGCAGAAAUGACAGAACAUUACAUGAGUCUUCAGAAGGCUUUACAAGAACCACCCCGAGAAAGGUUGCAGAGAAUGAAAAAAGAAUACCGGAGUCUGUCAACAUGGCGUGAGAAGGCGGAAUAUUUAGACCAACUGAUCUUAAAAAGGGGACCAAAAACAAAACCUCCUCAACCAAAGAUGUCUCGCUUCAGGGAAAUCGUUGAAAAAAUCCAUGUGCCUCGAUUUUCAUCUACUCCUUCUGAAGGUUGA